CCAAAAACUUCAACUAGACGUGCAACCAUGCACGCUAAGGGUGUUUAUUUUGGUCAAGACCAUAUAUAUUUGUUUAGUUGUUUACAUACAACUAUAUUCCCUUAAAUUUUUUCACAAAUAUAAAAAAAGAAAGAAAGAAAUCCCCUUAUCUAUCUAUACGUAUAAGUAGUUAGCUAGAUAGCUAAUUCUAAACUAAACGUGACAAAGAUCAAUAAUCAUAAUCCAUAUAUUUAUCAUCAAAAAUGUCUUUCACCAAGCUUGGCCAACAAACAAUUUCAUCAAAACGGAGACUCUUGACUCUAAUUCUUCUCUUUGUUAUCUCCUUCCCACUUCUCUUCCUUAGUACGGCGUUCUUCCCUAAUCCUCAACUUGUCGAUGUCAUCCAUCUUCAAACACAGUCUCAGACUCAGACUCAGACUCAGUCCUCCGUCUUAUAUCCAAAUAAGGUCAUACCACCUAAAUGGCUCAAGGUCAUUCUUGAGACUCACUUAACACCUUAUGAAACUCUUAAGGUGGGUUUGGUCAACUUUGAGGAUCUAGACCGAUCUCACCUGAAUCUAGAUGGGGCUGCAAAGUAUGUACACAUAAAUAUUGAUCCCGUUUCAUCUAAUAUCACUUGGGAAAAACUCUUUCCAGAGUGGAUAGAUGAGACAAAUCCUCAAGGUUGGUGCCCAGAGAUCCCCAUGCCAAAGCUGGGGAAGUACUCUGGGCUCGACGUGGUAGUGGCUCAAUUGCCAUGCAAGGAGGAAAGGGUAGAGAUUGAAAGUAAUGGAAAUCAUAGGAAAGCGGGAACAAGAGAUGUGGAUAGGCUACAAAUAAGCUUGGCAACUGCUCAUCUUAUUGUUGAGAAUGGGAUUAAUAGCCAAGAGAAGGAUAUUUACGCGGUGUUUAUUGCAAAUUGUGACCCCAUGUUGGAGCUUUUUAGGUGUGAUGAUUUGUUAUGGCAUGGAGGGGAAUAUUGGGUGUAUAAGCCUAACAUAGAGAAGUUGAAGGAGAUGGUUAAAAUGCCUGUAGGAAGUUGUGCCCUUGCCCAUUCUAAUGCUAGAAACCCAGGUAGUAGACAAUUGCAAGCCUUCGCAAAUGAAUUACCUAAUGAGCUUCAAGCUUUAGAAAGAUCACCAAGAGAAGCCUAUGUCACGGUCCUUCACUCGUCCGAAGACUACGUGUGUGGAGCCAUAGCUCUAGCUCAAAGCAUCCUCCAGACGAACACCACUAAGGACCUAAUCCUCCUGGCAGACCGCACCAUUUCACGUAGUUCUAUCUUAGGCCUACAAGCCGCGGGUUGGAAGAUAAAACGAAUUGAUCGAAUCAAGAGUCCUAAUGCCAAGAUAAAUGCCUAUAACGAGUGGAACUAUAGCAAGCUAAGGAUAUGGCAAUUGAUCGAGUAUGACAAACUCAUCUUCAUUGACUCCGAUUUCAUAGUGUUACGCAACAUUGACCAUUUAUUCGGCUACCCACAGCUCUCAGCUGCACCUAACGACAAAUGGCUCUUUAACUCGGGGAUCAUGGUCCUAGAACCAUCUAAGUGCUUUUUUGACAAUCUUAUGAGCAAACGUUACACCUUCAAGUCUUACAAUGGCGGGGACCAAGGAUAUUUAAACGAGGUCAUAACUUGGUGGCACAGGCUAACACUAAAAUUAAACUUCUUAAAGUUUUUCGACAAAGAAGGCGGUGAGCGACUAGUCCCUGAGGAUCGAUACACGGUCCAUUUCCUAGGGACAAAGCCAUGGUUAUGUUAUAGAGAUUAUGAUUGUAAUUGGGAUAGAGAGGAUUAUCACGUGUUUGCAAGUGAUCAUGCACAUGCAAAGUGGUGGCAAGUGUACGAUUCAAUGCCAAAGAAGUUGCACAAAUAUUGUAAGAUGACAAGGAAACAAGAUAAAGGGGUUCGCAAUAGAAAAUCAAGGGCUCGAAAGGCUAAACUUUCUGAUGGGCAUUGGAAGAUUGAGCUUAAGGAUCCUAGACAAUAUAAUUUGGUGGGCUAAAAAGCAACAUCAUAGUUUUAUUAUUAGUUAGUUUUAGUUUAUUAUUCAUUUAUAUUUAGAUUUUUACUAUAUUUUUUUCCCUUCACAAACAAUUCAUAUAAACCUUGAAUUGUUCGCCAAACAAGAAAUAUGGUGGGUUGGGGGGAAUGAUUUUUUCACGCAUUCGUGAGAGCACACAUCGAAACUACAAUCUUUACACGAGGGGUACAAAAAGAUCGAAUUAUAAAGAGUAUAUACUUCAUAUUUAUACAUAGAUUGAGGAUUGGAAGGAUUUGAAAAUUGUUCAUGUUUUGAAAUGCUAUGGUUAGAUACGAUGAACUCUUGG